AUGCCGCACUCACUUCCUUCAUCGCCAAAGUCCUCUCUCCGCGACGGCGGGAAUGGCAUCACAAAGUUCACAAACUGCCGUGUCCUCAAGGGGGACCGGCUAGUCACGGAGGACUUGUGGGUCAGCGGCCUCCACGGCACAAUCAUCAAGAGCCAAGCCGCGUUCUAUGAUGAUUUCGUCAUGCCAGACGAGGUGAUAGAUCUCGGUGGCCGGAUUGUGGCGCCGGGCUUCAUUGACUGUCAGCUCAACGGAGCCUUUGGCUUCAACUUUUCGACCUUGCUGGACCCUGCCGAGUACGCCAAGAAGGUCAGGGAAGUCAACCGCAAGCUGGUCCAGACCGGCGUCACCUCGUAUCUGCCAACCAUUACCAGCCAGCUCCCCGAGAUCUAUCACACGGCGCUUCCCCAUCUCGGUCCAUCUGGUGACCUCCAGAUGGCCGAGGACGGUGCAGAGUCCCUCGGAGCCCAUUGUGAAGGACCAUUUCUCAGUAAGACAAAGAAUGGCAUUCACAAUGCCGAAGUUCUUAUCGAGGCUACAUCCUUUGCGGAUCUGGAGGCCUGCUAUGGCGCAUCAAAUCUCACCUCGCCUGACCCGAGCAGACCGCCAGCUGUCAGGAAGAUCACUGCAGCUCCAGAGAUCGCCAGCAUGACUGACCUGAUCCCCGAGAUCACCCAGCGCGGCAUCGUCUUCUCCAUCGGGCACACAGAGGCGACAUACGAAGACGCCUCUGCCGCCGUCGGCGUGGGCGCCACCAUGAUCACACAUCUUUUCAACGCCAUGCGGCCCUUGCACCACCGCAACCCAGGCGUUUUUGGCGUUCUGGGCAUUGCCGAGAGCCUGCCCAGGCCCUACUUUGGCAUCAUUGCCGAUGGCGAGCACCUGCACCCCACGACCAUCAAGAUCGCCUUCAACGCACACCCGGAGGGCUUCAUCCUCGUGACAGACGCCAUGCACAUGGUUGGUCUGCCCGAUGGUGCCUACCAGUGGACCAACGGCGACUGUACGAACCGGAUUGUCAAAAAGGGCCCGAAACUCAUCCUCGAAGGCUCAGAUCGAAUCGCGGGAAGUUCAAUCACGCUGGUCGAAUGCGUAAACAACUUCCUUGCCUGGUCCGGUGCCAGCAUCCCCCAGGCUCUCAACGCCGUGACGUCCACGCCGGCCAGGAUGCUCGGGCUGCAGGGCAAAAAGGGAUGCCUGGACGAGGGCGCAGAUGCGGAUCUGGUCAUCUUGUCAGAGACCACAAGCAGCAGCAAUGCCGCCGACAGCACGGCGGCGGUCGGCCGGAGCGCCCGGCAGCAGCAGCAGCUUGUCGUCGACGAGGUGUGGAAAUUCGGCGCCAAGGUGUUUUCGCGCAAGGAUGUUGCCGCUUAA